CUCGCCGUUGAUUUAUCCAGCAUGACGACUUUGCGAUUUGCUACCGUGUUAAACAUUAUUUCAUAUUAGCCCCUAAUGUUUAGAUUUUUAGUACCUAGUACCUUUUAGUACCCUAGAAACUACUGCCCUACAACAUUUGAAAUUUGACAUCAGCAACCAAGACCAGCGAUGAGACGAAGCAAAAUAUUGAAAAUCUGCUAGUUACAGUUUUGAACACGAAUUUGCAAUUUCGUGGGAUCGGUAGCAAAAUAGCUUACUACGCACCAAGUGCGAUGAUAUGAUUACAUUGUUCUUCAUUGACAGCUUUCAGUGUUUAACUUUAGUGUGAUUAAAAGAUUAGUGAUUAGUGAAAGAUUCGGCACUAAGCCGAAUCUUUCGUUUCAUGGAAGAGAUUUAACAGAAGAUGGCGUCCUUGGCAGUUGGAGCACCAACGUCUAACCUAACGGCCUGUUACGAGGUAAUGAAAAUAUAUCACAAUAAUAUCGUAGGAAUUUUACAACUUUGCCCCGAGUAUACACGCAAAAUUUUAGAUAUUGAGUGUAAGGACAAAAAAGACACCGAAAGUUAUAAAGACUAUUUGGAGAGGUCUGUAGGCAAACCCAUCAGUAACACAAAGUGGAAAAAUUUGUGUCGAAACUACAGUGAGACUUUUGCAACCGUCACAAAUGUAGAUACAAUGGAUAUGACUGCUCUGUCGUCACUCUUUCAAAUUGUCUUCACAGUGAAAAAUGAUAAAAGGGACAGCACACAACUACUAGAGAAGUUGAAAGCAAUAAAAAACGUCAGAAAUAAUAUCAUGCAUGAUGACAGUUCUAUGAGUGAUGCAGAUGCAUUUAAAGCAAUGACAGACAAAAUGUUCGAGCUAAUCGAAGAAGCUGGAAAGUUUUACGACUUUUCUCCGAGUGAAAGCAAUGCCAUGGAACAGGAGCUGAAACUCCGUAUAAGCAACAUAAACGCUGUUGAUUGUAAAAUGCAGUCGUUCAACAUGGGAUACGUUGUGACGGAAGGCCGAAGAAUUGCCGAGUUACGGUUCAAAAAUUUCAUUCAAGAAGAGCUCCUAUUCACGUCUGGCCAUGUUUAUAGGCCAGCUGUGUUCUAUUCACCUGAUGUGACGCAACAAGGGAAUGAUGAUAGCCUUCUACCAUAUCAAAACAUGUUCGCCAGUAGCGAGCUAUUCUUGCUGCUUACUGGAGUUGCAGGGGCUGGCAAGACGACAUUGAUUAAGAAUAUAAUCCUGCAGUUCACUGGAUUGCAAUCUGACGUCCCCAAAUAUCUACAACGUUACAAGUUACUUCUUUACAUCGAGUGCAGGGACAGAACUAAGAAGACAUUGCUUACAGUCGUUAGAGAACAUUUUGGCGACGUGUGCACGGAACUCGGAGAAACCAAUGUUUUGCAAAUACUUCUUGCUCUCCCGAUGCUAAUUUUGGUCGAUGGAUUCGAUGAGCGAAACAAGAAAUCAAGUAUAGUCCUUAAUGAAUUGUUUCAGAAAAUAUGGCACUCUGAUUCUAGUGUCCUUAUCACGACUCGACCGAUGGCUGUCGAUGAUCUCAAGCAACUAAUCGUUGGAAAGAACGGCACGUUUUCUGAGUACAAGAUUGCGCCUCUCUCAGACUUGUCAAGUCAGUUGAAGUUCAUCGAUACGUAUGCAGAAAGUCUAGUCGGUGACAAAGCUUCCGCAAAAGUCAUACGUAAACUUUUUACAAAACUUGACUCGCAACUCAGGAAACUCUUCUCAGAACCAAUGAUGUUACUGCAUUUCUACGACAUAGCUUCAGAGACGCCUGACAAGGUGAGCAAAUGGAAAAAUGAAAAUGACGUGGCAAAAGAUACUUUCGAGCUAUACAGAACUCUUCUGGAUUCAAAGUUACUAGAAACAGUUGUCACUAACAGAGCAGUUCUAAUUGAUGAUCUCUUCAUGGCCAUCGGGAAGUUGGCACUGGAAUUUCUAAACCGUGACAUGAUUACCUUCACUAGGAGUGAAUUCAUGGGUUUCGAGCGUCUGUGUCACGAUGGGACUAAGACCUACGGUGCCGAGAAGGAAGUUGACUCAGGAGUGGUUCUCUCCACAAUGUUUAGAAUGAACAGACCUCUUUCACGAUCCGUCAAGACUACUUACUCAUUCAAGCAUAAAUCACUGCAGGAGAAAUUUGCUGCUCACUACGUUGCCAGGCAAAUGCUGGAGCCCAAUGAACCACUUGAUAUACUAAUAGGAUCGACGGCUACGAAUGCAAGCUUGCAGGAAGUCAUGCAGUACGUAAUUCAAGAACUGAGCAGCAGCAGCCCACCAAAGUUCCGGGCGCGAUGGCCCGAACUGAGGGACGCCCUUACAGCCGCCGGCGUCGUCAGUGGCAUAGACUGGCAGAACGUGCUGCUCAGGAGCCCCGAUGUCAUCGAGUUGGCGAAGCACGCGGCCAAGAUCACAAUCAAAGAGACUAAAGAGUGGAGCGUGCAUACCGUUCGCGAUGUGUCGGCAGUGGCGCUAUUGCUGCCUCACGAGCAACCUCAACUGAUCUACGUACGCAUGCGACCUGCCGUGUUGCGUUCAGUGAGCUACAGCUGGUCUAAUUUGACACGUCAUCAUCAGCAUCAGCUGAAGUUAGACUUGGAACCUGACGGACCGAUGAGCCACGCCCCUUGUGACGAUGUACUCGAGUGCCUUAGAGGCUCAGGGUGUCAGCUCACGGAGUUGUGGUCUUGUAUCUGCAGUGCGUCUGGGGUAGACGCUGUGGCUUCUGCUUGCACGUCUAAAACCCAACUGCACAUCUCCGUCCCCGGCCCGCUAAACUUGAACGCUCUACAAGGAAAAUAUGCGCGUCUGAUUGUGAACAUUUGGCCGCUGGAUGCUGCUUGGGCUGCCGUGCCUCAGCCAUCUCUACUGGCGCCUCUACAGGAGGAGCACCGCGCUGUGAUCGGGACCAAAGAGGUCGUCGCGGCCGGGGUGCGUCUGCCAGCUCUCCCACCGCCGUGGUUGUGGGUGCGCGGUGUCAAGCCCGGUAGCUGCGAGGCUAUCGUCCGCGCCAUCCGUACUAUAAUACCCCACACCAAAAGACUGGACGACAUCUCACUGCCGCUAUGUGGUUUGAAGAAAGACGAGGUGAGGCUACUGUUGGAGCAACUUCACAGUGAUGGCAUCAGGACCAGCGUUGACGGCCAAACGCGGGUCACAAAAAACACCCACCCGUUGCUCAACUGUGACGUCGUGACGCUCCACAUAACGGACGACUGCGCUAACGGGACUGGGACAGCGAAUGGCGUGAGCAAAGUCCUCGCGCAGCUACAGUCUACUAACAUUGGGAACUCUGAGUCUCAGUGGACGGAAGUGCUGGACGCAAUGCAGGAAGCCGGCGCCUCAGCACGGGACUGGCGGGAGGCACUGUUAUGUCGCCCUGGCGAGACAAAGUUCGCCUUCCAAGCCGCGGAGACUACCAAGAUGGAAGACAAGCAAUUUACUAUAACGAGCAGCCGAGACUUGGAUGCGGUUGCACUGAUGCUACCUCACGCCCAAGACACCACCGUGAUGGUAAAGGCAUCACUAGAAGCUCUGAGAGCACCCGGGUGGCAAGAGGUGGUGCGGUACCACCACGGUGAAUUGAGGCUUCGUCUCCCACUCAUGAGUCCUGGGUUUCAGCCUUGUGAUGACUUGCUCGAGUCUCUGCUGGGCAGCAGGUCAAAAAUAACAAGUUUUGUCGGGAGCAUAAAAUCGGCUGCAGGCGUCGCCUCGCUGGCAGCAGCCGCGACCUCAGCGCGUCUGCGUAUCAGGCUGGAGGCUCCGCUGGACCUCAGUCCACUGCUGGGCAAAUAUGAUGCUCUUUUCAUUUAUACACCUGUGAUCGGCACUACCGUGGCUGCAGUACCACUACCAAACACACCUCCUCCUUGGCUGGUGGUGCUACGACCGCCGGCUGGGAGCUGGGAGGCGGUGGCCCAAACUGUGCUAGCUUAUGCGCCUCGCAGCAAGAGGUACAGCAACAUUCACUUGGUUAGACCAGCGCUGAGCGAGAACGAGGAGCGGCGGCUGCUGGCGUUGCUGCACGAGGAGGCCAUCAGGACCGACGACGCGGGCACCACGCGUGGCGAACCUGACGGAGAAGGCAAGCGAUGUCUCCAUAUCUGCGACGAUCCUCCCGCGACCUCGUGUCCGUGACCUAACCUUGCGGUCAGGAACGCUUCAUCGAGCUCUGGAAGGUCACCCAAAGUGCUCAAUGAAAAAAUAAAUAUAGAAUUUAUUACUAAAGCAGAGCAGCUGUAUGAGAAUGAAGCAGUAUAAUGCACAGCGUUUGUGUACAAUGUUAUGCUGCUCGUCGUGCAGAAGUUUCACACCUAAAUUCAAACUAUUCUUCGUAGGCCAGCCAGUGCAAAUUUAAGGCCCAUGCAGACAACUCAAUUUGAUUGCCUUACUUUAUUUUUGGACAUGAACCCGCACCUUACUUUCAGCUUUUAUUCCUCUGAGUGGUGCAUUAUUUCUCCAUGAUAAAUUCCAAGUAGCCAGUAAGUAGUAGCCAGAAAAUGGGAAUAUUUUCAGGUCAACUGAUCUACUUCACUGAUAGGACUCUAUUUUGAAUUGUACGUUUGAAUUUUACUGUUGCUAACCAAAUGCGAUACAGACAGAAUUUUAUCCAAAGAGCUAUAUAUGCAGUCGAAAUGCGCUCAACAUAUACCAAAUAUAUGUCUUUGCAAUAUAUGAGUAAAAUUUUGAAACAACUUCUUGUUUCACGGACUUUAUUUCUAAUACAAUUUAUCCUGAAG